GGUCAAUUAGCAAUGGCAUCAUCAAUACCGUCUUCAAGCUUUGGCACUCCUCCUUCUAUACUGAGUAUUCAGGAGCUGGCCAAACAGCCCAUGGCUACAGUGCCACAAAUCUUUCUCUUGGAGGAUCAGGAGCGUCCCGUUCUCUUAGAGAAUGCUUCCCUCCCCGACAUCCCCACCAUCGACAUGAAACGUUUGAUUAUGAGUGAAACCACAGAUUUUGAACUAGACAAGUUGCACUCAGCUUGCAAAGAAUGGGGCUUCUUUCAGUUGGUGAACCAUGGAGUCAGUUCUUCCCUUGUGGAGAACCUGAAACAUGAGAUUGUAGAAUUUUACAAGCUUCCCUUGGAAGAGAAGAUGAAAUAUAAGAUGCCAGGUGAUGCUGAAGGAUAUGGGCCGUCUAUAAGAUCAGAAGAUCAAAAACUUGACUGGGCUGAUAGGUUUUACAUGAUAACCAAGCCUAUUCAUAGAAGGAAGCCACAUCUAUUGCCACAGCUCCCUCCAUCACUAAGGGAUAACUUGGAACUGUACAUAUCAGAGUCGCAGAAACUCGCCAUGAGACUUCUAGGGUUGAUGGCUAGAGCUAUAAAGUUGGACAAGAGAGAGAUGGAAGAGUUGUUUGAUGAUGGAAGGCAGGAAGUGAGGAUGACUUACUAUCCUCCAUGUCCACAAUCAGAGAUGGUUAUGGGCAUUGCGCCUCACUCCGAUCCUACAGGCAUCACCAUCCUUCUCCAAGUUAAUGAAGUGGAUGGUCUCCAGAUAAAGAAAGAUGGGGUUUGGAUUCCUGUAAACCUCCUCCAAGAUGCACUUGUAGUUAAUGUGGGAGACAUCCUGGAGAUUGUGAGCAAUGGGAUGUAUACUAGCAUUGAGCAUAGGGCAACUGUAAAUAGUACAAAAGAGAGGAUCUCUAUUGCCAUGUUUUUCAGCCCCAAAUUUUCAGCUGAGAUUGGACCCGCUCCUGGUUUGAUAACUCCUCAAAACCCCCCAGUGUUCAAACGAAUAGGCAUGGAAAAAUACUACCAAGAUUUCUUCUCUCGCAAGCUGGAUGGGAAAUCUAACCUGGAGCAUAUGAAGAUAAAAAAAUGAGACAAACAAUGGAUGAAUGAUUAGUACAGAAUGAAAUGGUUUGGGACAAAUUAGGCAGUUGAUUUGGCACACGAUGUGUGAUAAUAGGGCUAACAUGCUAGCAGUUGGCAGGCGCUGACAUGGAGGGCGACAUGUACCUGCGUUUACGGUGAACUUCUUUUUAUUAUUUAUUUUGAUAUUAAAAAAAAUAUAUUUUGUAUUUAUUUGAAGUGUUGAAAUCUAUGAAUCAA